AGUGUAUAUGCAGUUGAAUGGCGGCCGCAGAGUACGCUUGCGCUGUAGGCGCCCCGGACCAGCCUUUCCUGGCCAGCACUUGCCUCCGUAGUAGUUCACGGUUGUGUCAGAUUGCCUGCAGGUAGGAAAGCGAACUGCCGGUGCGCCGCGUCGCCGGAGGAGAUGAUAACAGACGUUUAAGUGGGUCUGUCUGACUUGAAGUCCCCUGUCUGGUGACGCUGGGCCUCACGCCACACCCUGCCUUUGACUAAGGGGGCCUCUGUCCGCCUCUAUCACUCAGCACACAGGGCCUCCAGAACAUCGGCUCUCCAGACCUCAGCUCCUCACCUGGGCGGCAGCCGAGCCCCACGCUGAGCUUCAGUCCCAGGGAGCUGCAGAGAUAAAUGAUCCAGGAAGACUCUGUGCCUUGUCCUGCAUGACCCCCGGCCUGAAGGACAGCAUGUGUCGUGCGUAGACCUGAGGCAACCAUGAACCACCUGAACGAGGCGGAGCGGGAGGCGGAGCCUGGCAGCGGCAGCCUGGAGCAGAGCGAGGCGGUCGAGGCUGAGAUGGGCGAGGUGGAGCCCCAGCCAUAUGCCCAGCACCGCCGAUCCGGUCGGGCCCGGCCACAGAACGGGCACAGCACGGACGGCGCCCCUGAGAGGCCGGCGCACCACCAGCAGGGCGCGGCGCGGUAUCGACGUUACGAUGGCUCGGAUGGUAGGGGCGGCCGCACCCGUGGCCAGCGAAGGGGGGAGGAGGUAGAGGCUGAGCGGCAGCACGUGCCCAAGCCCGUCCCACGUGCUGGCGUGACUCGGUACCGCCGACAGGGGGAUGGCGAAGCCCGCCUCCGCGCCCAGCAGCAGAGGCAGAGGCAGAGGCAACAGCGGGAGGCAGAGAGGGCGGAGCUUCCCCCACCCGCCCCACCUCCCCUGGAACGUGAGGACCCCGAGGAGGACGAAGGCGCGUCCGGCCUGGCCCGCUCUGGCAGCACGGAGAGCGGCUUCCACAACCACACGGACCGAGCCGAGGGCGACGCCGUCAUGGCGCUGGAGCCAGAGCGGGAGGAUGAUGGCGUAUACGGUGUGCCCUUCCGGCCUGAGGCCGAGGGCUACACAGAGAGCGCUGAGGCCGAGCAGCACCAGCCCCACCAGCAGCCCCACUACCUGCCCCAGCCACCCCCGCUGCCCCUGGAGCCCCUGCCCAACGCCGAGCGGCCCCUGAGCCGGGAUGCCGAAGCCCUGAACCCCACCUACUCCAGCUACGUGUAUGCCCAGCAGCCCUACCAGGCUGGAGAGGCAGGGGGCGCCGGAGAGCCCGAGGACGAGCCGUACUCGGAGCCGUACGCCAGCUACGGCAUGCAGGAGCACGUCUAUGAGGAGAUAGGGGACGGCCCUCCAGCAGAUGGGGAGACCGAGAAGGAGAGGAUGCAGCAGCGCAGGGCUGGCUUCCGCCUCUUCGAGCAGGAGGACUUCCGGCAGCAGGAGGCUGUGGGGUCCCGGCUGCACCACUAUGACGAGCGCUCCGACGGCGAGUCCGACAGCCCUGAGAAGGAGGCUGAGUUUGCCCCCUACCCCCGCAUGGACAGCAUGGACCAGGAGGAGGACAUUGACCAGAUCGUGGCCGAGGUCAAGGAGAGCCUGAGUUCACAGAGCCUGGACCGCAUGGGGGCGGCGGAGGAGUGGCCCGAGUCGGAGCACAACUCCCAGGAGGAGCCAGAGGAGAGGAAACCCCCGGCGGAUGAGGAGGAGGUGCAUGGGCCGACCGCGGCCAGCCCCUCUGAGGACCCAGCCCCGCAGAGAGAAGGCAGGGAGAAACGUGAUGCCAUCUCACUGGCCAUCAAGGACAUAAAGGAGGCCAUUGAGGAGGUGAAAACCCGGACAGUGCGCUCUCCGUACACCCCCGAUGAACCCAAAGAGCCCAUUUGGGUGAUGAGGCAGGACCUGAGUCCGACCAGCGAGGGCGAGCUUCAGCCCCCCCCAGGGGUCGACUCUCCCAGUUCAGGGUCCGCCUCUCCGCAGGGGGCAGGAUCCUCCAGCAGACAUCCAAUGCUGCCGGAAAGGAGCGACAGCUUUGAUUCGUCUCCUCCAGCCGGCAAGGAGUCCAGGAAGAGCCUUGCUUCGUUCCCAACCUACGUGGAAGUACCUGGGCCCUGUGACCCGGAGGACCUAAUCGAUGGCAUCAUCUUCGCAGCCAACUACCUGGGCUCCACCCAGCUGCUGUCAGACAAGACCCCCUCCAAGAACGUGCGCAUGAUGCAGGCACAAGAGGCCGUCAGCCGCAUCAAGCAGACGGCCCAGAAAUUAGCCAAAAACAGGAAGAAGGCUCCAGAAGGUGAGGCCCAGCCAAUGACAGAGGUGGACCUCUUCAUCUCUACCCAGAGGAUUAAAGUUCUGAAUGCUGACUCACAGGAGACCAUGAUGGAUCACCCCCUGAGGACCAUCUCAUACAUAGCAGACAUCGGGAACAUUGUGGUUCUGAUGGCCCGGAGGAGAAUGCCCCGCUCCAACUCGCAGGAGCCGCUGGAGGCUGCAGACCCGGCCCAGGAUGAGAAGCGUCAGUACAAGAUGAUCUGCCACGUCUUUGAGUCAGAGGAUGCACAGCUCAUAGCCCAAUCCAUAGGGCAGGCCUUCAGCGUGGCCUACCAAGAGUUCCUGCGCGCCAACGGCAUCAACCCCGAGGACCUGAGCCAGAAGGAGUACAGUGACCUUCUCAACACGCAGGACAUGUACAAUGAUGACCUCAUCCACUUCUCCAAAUCUGAGAACUGCAAAGAUGUUUACAUAGAGAAGCAGAAGGGGGACAUUUUAGGGGUGGUCAUCGUCGAGUCAGGAUGGGGCUCCAUCCUUCCCACCGUCAUCAUCGCCAGCAUGAUGCACGCUGGCCCAGCCGAGAAGUCCGGCAGGAUCAACAUCGGAGACCAGAUCAUGUCCAUAAAUGGGACGAGCCUGGUGGGGCUGCCCCUCUCUACCUGCCAGAGCAUCAUUAAGGGACUAAAGAAUCAGUCUCGGAUAAAGCUGAACAUUGUCAGAUGCCCGCCCGUUACCACUGUUCUCAUAAGGAGGCCGGAUCUGAGGUACCAGUUGGGCUUUAGCGUACAGAACGGCAUUAUCUGCAGUUUGAUGCGGGGCGGGAUAGCGGAGCGUGGCGGAGUCCGUGUUGGCCACCGCAUCAUCGAGAUCAAUGGCCAGAGUGUGGUGGCCACGCCCCAUGAGAAGAUUGUGCACAUCCUGUCCAAUGCGGUCGGGGAGAUCCACAUGAAGACCAUGCCGGCCGCCAUGUAUCGCUUGCUAACUGCCCAGGAGCAGCCUGUUUACAUCUGAAGUUGACCGGAAUCCCGACUUCUGACCUCAAAUCCACAAACCCCCCCCAUCCCAGGAAUCCCCCAUUGCGCCCGGAGGCUGUAGUACUCUGGUGUACAGUGCUGCGUCUCUGUGUCUCUGUCACAUGUCCCCAUACUCGUUUACUUUCGUGUGUGCGUGUGCGUGUGUAUAUUUCUACAUUCAUCAUUUUGUCACCAGCUUUUUUCUUAAACUUUUUUUUUUUUUUUUUUUUUAAAAAAAAAAACAAUUUCACUGCCUCCGUUUAGUUUUAGCCUUGAACAUAUUUUCUGUGCUACCUUCCUGGUGAAAACAUUGUAGGAUGGCAGGGUUAAACUUUAGUUACUUUCUUCCUUAUGGUGGUAAAUCUGUCAAGGACCAUAAGAUGGGAGUUAUGUUUUCUUCGGUGGUGCUGAGAUUUAACAAGCAUUCCUUAUGCAUUUCAUUUUGCUCAAACUUUAAAGGGAAGCCCUUAUCUUUGGACACUAACUAGGAAACUGGACCAAAGUAAAUGCUUCAGAGAAAUUCCUGAAAGUUUCCAAAAGCACAUUUAUGUAAGGAAUGCUGUUUAGGAUUUACUGUUAUCCAGUGGGAAAUUUCACAUUUUCUUUUUUCAGACAGUAAAAGGUGUGUUACAAUGAUGUAAACUAAAGCAUAGUUUAUUUUGGUUUCAUAGUUUAGUAGCCAUGGUUGUUGCUCUGGAGACGGAACACUACACAGAGUCAAUGUAGUCUUUGUUUUUGUGAAUUAACUCCAAGAGAUGUUGAGUUUUGUUUGUUAUAUUAGUUGAUGUCCCUGCAAACAACAGCACAAACAACAUUUUAAAGACUUGCACAUUUGGGCAUGAGAAAGGCAUUUUGAAAACAGUUUCUUUAUAGCUUGUGAGGUCUGUCAUGCUUGUGCCCGAGUGCAUAGUAGGCACACUGUAAAUAGAGAGUAACUAAGUUGCAGUGUAACUCUACAGAAAAAGCUAACACCCUUUCAACUGCAAACGUGUCACAGAAAAGACUAGGUCAUUUUAGUGCUGAAGAACUCUUGUUAAGGUUAUUUGAAAAGUACCCUUUCAUCGACAAUAAUAAUUCAUUAUGAUUUGUUAACAUUUACCAUGGUGACUCAAAGACCCCGGUUAGUUAUUUUCUUUAAAAGUGCAAUAAGUACGGAGAAUUUCCAGUCUCAACAAAACAAGGAGCACUUUGACAUUUGAUAAUUUAAUUUUAUGAAAUCUCUAAUAUCUAAAGAAAGGUAAUUAUUUUUUUCUCAGGGAAACCAUUCUGUUUGAAACACUCAUAUGAGGUGGGGGGGGGGUGACAGUUAACAUUCAAAUGAUGCAUUGUAGGAUGAAGAUUGGAUUGUAGAUUAGGUUACUUAAAUCUGUACAGGACUGAAGAAAAUACAUAUUUAUAUGAAUGUCCAGUUUUCUGGAUGGAUUCAAUGAUUUAAUUUGUUGAACACCUAUAGCAGCAGAAAUUCAGGCAUUCAGGCGAUGGUGUAAUAUUAUACUUGUGUUUGAGUUUUAUGACACUUUGGCCCAGGUAACAUACCCUACAUGAUCCUUUCGAGUAGCUGGAGAAUUACGUUGUAGAAAUUCGACAUCCAGAGGUAGUUAGUAUAAAACCCUCUGAUACCGACUGAUUGUAAUCAUGUCUGUGUGCUUAGUUCUCCCUCGGCUGGUUUCUGUAUAUAUAUUAUGGUAAACGAGUAACUGAAAAAAUAACUUGAAUUUGAUGGUGUGAAAUAUUUCAGGCUUGAUAGCUGUGGCAUGUUGGUAUCGUGAUUUAAAAAAUAAUUUAUUAGUCGAGCUGGAAGGCAAGCAAGGAUUGUAUAACAUUUUGGUCAUACUUUAAAAUACUUUGAUUUACAUGUAAAAUGUAAUUGGUUUACAUAUCAAGCAUCAUAUAAAUAUGGAGGUAACUGGUAAUGUUUUUCUUAAUUUUUACAAUAACAUGCAUGCAGAAAAUAUGAAUCUGUCCCAUGGCCUUGGUCAAGUACUGGACAUUACCUCAGCUCUCCUUUAGACGGGUCAUGAACUCUGAUGAACUGCAGCCCGAAAUAGCAGGUCUGUGCUUUGGAUUAAUGUUUACAAAGGGGCGCAAUGUAUUUGGAUGGUCAAGCUGCAGUUAUACACCAACUUCCUUCCCACCACCUGGUCUGUGUGCAUCUUCUCCCGUCCCCCCGCCUUACUAGCGUCAAGGUGAUCCUACGCAAUCAUGUUGGCCUUAUCGUUACUAUAUAUAUAUUUUUUUGGACAAAACGAGAGUGACAAGACACCACUUUGUGUCGCAUGACAUACGGAUCCAUCAGCUUCAUCAUUCUUGCUUAUGGUUUUCAUGAAAUGUGAUGUUUUUUUUUUCCCCGAUUAAAAAUUACGUAGCGUUUAACCAAAACCAGCUGCAAAACAUAAUAGUGUAUAAUUCUUGUGGAUCCUUUGUGGGCCAGAAUCUGGAAAUACUGUUGAUAUAUAGAUUGGUCUUUUAACCAGACAUUACCGAAUAUAGAUUUUGACCGACAUGUUUCAUGUAACUCUUAACAUGUGUUGGGUUCAGUGGUACUUUAGCAACAGAUGAUGAUUGUGAAAUUAAUGUACCUUGGGGUGACUGUUGUGAAAGGAGCUUUAUAAAAAUAAAUUGAAUAGUAGUGGAAAAGAAAAGUUUAGAACUCAAGGCACACGUGUCAAACGCGUGCACCUAGUCUGGGCAAUGUAGAGGAGUACUAUAAUGCAACAAAGAUGUCCUUUGUAUAAAAGAAAGACAUUGAAAGACACUUGAGUAAAUAAUGCCUGUGGAUUUCACAUACUCUAGUGUUUAUAAAAUGCACUUGUUUUGAAUGUAAUUAAUCUUAACUCUUGUUUGUCAGUAUGUCAAACUCUCUGUAAAGCAACAGCAAUGUUUAUUUAUUUGCUAGCUUUUUCUGUGGCGUUACAGUUAUAAAGCUGCAUUCCUUCCCCGAGGCUGGAAUGUUUGUAACAGUAUUUACAACAAUAAACUACUUGCAGAACAAUA